GCAAGCUUCUAUAAACCGGGACCGCGCUCUGCGUCUCUGGACUCGGGACAUCCAGCUUGAGGUGAACUCGUAGUACCGGUUUCUCUCCGCGUCCUCCUCCGCCAUGAGUCUCCGGUUGGUCCUCUGCGUAAUGGCGCUGCUCGUCCGCCCGCCUCCGGCCGCCGGGGCUCGGAGAGCCAAACGCUUCGCCAUCGGCUGCCCGGAGAAGUGCGACGUGUCCGUGUGCGCGCCGAUCCCCGCGGACUGCCCGGCCGGCGACGCGCUGGACCACUGCGACUGCUGCCCGGUGUGCGCGUCCGGCGAGGGCGAGCAGUGCGGCGGCACCGCGCGCCGCGAGUGCGCCGAGGGGAUGGAGUGCGCGGUGACCGGCGGCGUGGAGGCGUCCGCCACCGUGAGGCGCAGGGGGGCGGCCGGCGUGUGCUCGUGCACCAGCUCCGACCCGGCGUGCGGCAGCGACGGGGUCUCGUACCGGAACAUCUGCGAGCUGAAGCGCGUCAGCAACCGGGCGAUGAAGCUGCGGCAGCCGCCGGUGAUCUUCAUCCAGAGGGGAACCUGCGGCCAAGGUCAGCAGAACCCUGACAGUCUUCGUCUCAAGUACAACUUCAUCGCCGACGUGGUGCAGAAGAUCGCACCUGCCGUCGUUCACAUCGAACUUUACCGCAAGAUGAUGUUCUCAAAGAGGGAGGUGGCGGUGGCCAGCGGCUCCGGGUUCGUGGUGUCCGAGGACGGGCUCAUCGUGACCAACGCCCACGUGGUGGCCAACAAGCACCGAGUCAAGGUGGAGCUGAAGAGCGGAGCCACGUUCGACGCCAGGAUCAAAGACGUGGACGAGAAGGCCGACAUCGCCGUGAUCGAGAUCGACGCGCCGAUGAAGCUGCCCGUGCUGCUGCUCGGCCGCUCGGCGGACCUUCGUCCUGGCGAGUUUGUGGUCGCCAUCGGCAGCCCAUUCUCCCUUCAGAACACCGUCACCACCGGCAUCGUCAGCACCACCCAGAGGGGGGGCAAGGAGCUGGGCCUCCGUAACUCCGACAUAGACUACAUCCAGACCGACGCCAUCAUCAACUACGGCAACUCAGGAGGACCACUGGUGAACCUGGACGGAGAGGUCAUCGGCAUCAACACGCUGAAGGUCGCAGCGGGAAUCUCCUUCGCCAUCCCCUCGGACAAGAUCAGACAGUUCCUGGUGGAGUCGCAUGCCAGACAGGCCAAAGGUAAAACCUACCAGAAGAAUAAAUACGUCGGCGUCAGGAUGAUGAGUCUCACUCCAGCGCUGACCAAGGAGCUGAAGGAGAAGCAGUCGGACUUCCCAGACAUCACCUCCGGGGCGUACGUCAUCGAGGUCAUCGGACGCACUCCAGCCGAGGCAGCCGGCCUGCAGGAAAAGGACGUCAUCAUCAGCAUCAACGGCGAGCCCAUCGCCUCGGCCAGCGACGUGAGCGCGGCCAUAAGGCGGGACGACACCCUGCGGACGGUGGUGAGGCGAGGCAACGAGGACGUGCUCCUCUCCAUCGUCCCCGAGGAAAUCGAACCUUGACCCCCUCAAGCCAUCAACAACUCGACCGGUUGACCAAUCCCGAGCUGGCUCUCUGUGAUUUCCAACCAAUCACCAUGAACAUCACCGUGGGCCUCCGGGGGCCACACCUGCUGCUUUAUGAACUUGUAAUUGUGAGCACUGCUCUUCAAAGGUCAGACUUCAUGACCGUGGGACCCGAGGCAGCAACCCUGUACUCCUUCUUCUCAUAUUGGUUCUUCUUCUAAUCCCAAUCUACUUUCUGUCGUCACAGACCUUUAGUUUUCUACUAACUCUGUCGCUGCAACGAUCCGACUGCAGGUCACCGUAGGUCUGUGUGGUUGUGUAUGUUCUUCUUCAUGGAAUAUUAACAGUAUUUUUUUAGUAUGUUUUCUUGUGUUGUUGAUGACAAUAAAAAAUGAUUUUCAAAA